GUGACUUGAAACUUGUGGAAAAACCAUCUCCUCUGACACUUGCUCCGCAUGAUUUUGCAAACAUUAAAGCUAAUGUCAAAGUCGCUUCAACAGAAAAUGGAAUAAUUUUUGGUAAUAUUGUGUAUGAUGUCUCUGGAGCAGCCAGCGACAGAAACUGUGUGGUUCUCAGUGACAUUCACAUUGACAUCAUGGAUUACAUCCAGCCUGCUUCUUGUACGGAUGCAGAGUUCAGACAGAUGUGGGCAGAAUUUGAGUGGGAAAACAAAGUUACAGUGAAUACUAAUAUCAUUGAUCUAAACGAAUACUUGCAGCACAUACUGAAGUCAACCAAUAUGAAAUGCCUGACUCCAGAGAAGGCACUCUCUGGUUAUUGUGGCUUUAUGGCGGCCAAUCUCUAUGCGCGUUCCAUAUUUGGAGAAGAUGCACUUGCAAAUGUCAGCAUUGAAAAGCCAAUUCAUCUUGGACCAGAGGCACCUGUCACUGGUCACAUACGAAUCCGUGCAAAGAGUCAGGGAAUGGCCCUGAGUCUUGGAGAUAAGAUCAAUCUGUCUCAGAAGAAAACAAGUUUAUAAAUUUUACCUAAUGUCUUUUCAGGUCUUUUACAAUUUAACCUUAGGUAUGUGGCUUUUGGGAUCCAGAACAUCUUAUAUUCCUCAGUGUUCUGUAAUUGUAGAAGCCAAGCUUUUGAGUUGAAAGCAUUCCAGCAGAGAAUUUAUAGGUUCUCCAUGAUUGAUACUGAGAAAAAUUUUAAAUCUCCAGGUUUUUUUCUUUGUCCUGGAAGUCAUGUUUUCUUUGUCUCUAAUAUAUACUGAUGCUCACAGUACAAUAAACAAAUUAUGCCAG